GUGCCGUGUCAUGGAGGCUCAGUCUCAGAGCAGCCAUUGAAGGGGAAGGAACUGCGGUGUGUGUGUGUGUGCGCGCGCGCGCGUGUGUGUGUGUGUGCGUGUGUGUGUGUGCGCGUGUGCGCGCGCGCGUGUGUGUGUGCGUGUGAGUGCGCGCGAGUGUGUGGACAAGGAGGUGGGGGCAGCCGAGUUAGAGUCCCAACUCCUUGGACUCCAUUUGCUAUUCUCUUCUUUCUCCCCCACACCUAUCUGGAGGUGGUGGGCGUUUAUAUUUGCUUUUCUUUUCAUUCAUUUCCAAAUCUUUUAAAAUUUAAGGGUUGGGGGUAGUGGGAAAGGCAGGAAAGGGUAAGGGAAGGGAGUAGUAGCAGAAGAGCAGGAGGAGGACAUGGAGAUGAAAAAGAGGAUUAACCUGGAGUUAAGGAACAGAGCCCCGGAGGAGGUGACAGAGUUAGUCCUUGAUAAUUGCCUGUGUGUCAAUGGGGAAAUUGAAGGCCUGAAUGAUACUUUUAAAAAACUAGAGUUUCUGAGUAUGGCUAAUGUGGAACUAAGUUCACUGGCCCGGUUGCCUAGCUUAAAUAAACUUCGAAAGUUGGAACUUAGUGACAAUAUAAUUUCUGGAGGUUUGGAAGUCCUGGCAGAGAAAUGUCCAAAUCUUACCUACCUCAAUCUGAGUGGAAACAAAAUCAAAGAUCUCAGUACAGUAGAAGCUCUGCAAAAUCUUAAAAAUUUGAAAAGUCUUGACUUGUUUAACUGUGAGAUCACAAACCUGGAAGAUUACAGAGAAAGUAUUUUUGAACUGCUGCAGCAAAUCACUUACUUAGAUGGAUUUGAUCAGGAGGAUAACGAAGCACCAGACUCAGAAGAGGAGGAUGAUGAGGAUGGAGAUGAAGAUGAUGAAGAGGAAGAGGAAGAUGAAGCUGGUCCACCUGAAGAAUAUGAAGAAGAGGAGGAAGAAGAGGAGGAUGAAGAUGAGGAUGAAGAUGAAGCAGGCUCAGAACUGGGAGAGGGAGAAGAGGAAGUGGGCCUCUCAUAUUUAAUGAAAGAAGAAAUCCAGAAUGUAUUACUACCAAACAGUGAAAAGUGUGUCAUGGAUUUUUAUUCUCAAACUGAAUAUUUGGUUUUCAAGGAUGAAGAAGAUGAUGAUGAUUAUGUUGAAGAAGGGGAAGAAGAGGAAGAAGAGGAAGAAGAAGGUCUUCGAGGGGAAAAAAGGAAACGAGAUGCUGAAGAUGAUGGAGAUGAAGAAGAUGACUAGAUCAUUCUAAGACCAGAUUCCCUAAUGUUCCUGGGUGUGCAAUAGAGUGAUCACAUCUUCUUUGUUUCUUCAUGUACCAUAGUGAUCCCUACAGAAGAUAACCUGUAACUUUUUAUAGGAAAAGUGUGGUUUUACUAUUUUUGCCUUAUCAUUCCAAAUAAGAUUUACUAGUCUGUUAAUGAUCAUAUUGUAUGUAGAGAAAAAAUUUUCCUUGACCCCAUUGUGAAAUUCCCUAGCAAUUUAUUUAGAAUCUUCAUUUUUCUCAUUCAAACUCACUGUAUUAGUUAUUUUUAGCCCAUAAUUAAAACAUGAUCACUUUUACACAGGUGUAGUUUGGUGCAUUUCAUUCAUAAGGUUAUAAAGUUAUUUAUAAGUUAACUGAAAUCACAGUCGGCUGGAAUAUGAAAUGAAAAUAGUCUCUUGACUAAUAAGUUGGUUAUAUUUUUAGAGGUGACCCAGAGAUCUUUAGUUUGAAGGCAAUGACCUUUUUUGUUUUUGUUUUUGUUUGGCUAAGGGUAUUUGGGUGCUUUUUUGUCACAUAAGUAACUUAGAAAGUAGGAACAGAAUACAAAGGUUCUAUUCAACAAUAUAGUUCAUGGCUUUUGUGGAGGCUUCUGAAACCUUUUAAGCCAGGUGACUAAUAAGAGUUUGUUUUUGAAGGAAAAAAUGCUUGUACUAAAGUUCAGAGACAUGCAGGUGAGCUCUUUGUUUUUCUAGCUGAAAAUCAUGACAUGCCAGUGGUUGUUAAUUUUGUUUUGUUUUUAACUGCACGUUCUUUAUUUUCCUCCCAGCAAUUCUGUUAUGAUCACUUUCAUUUUUUGUUUCACUCCCCUCCUUCUAUCUCCAAAAAAAGUUGGGAAACUUAUGGCUACCCAGGAAAACCUUUAUUUAGUCUUUUAUACCUCAACCACCUUUUCAGACUAUCUCAGUUUUAAACAAGCUAAGUGAAAGAAAUUGAGUAUUUUUUGAAAUAUGAAUAUUAUUAUCAAUACAGUUUUAUGCAACAGAUUCUGCUUUCUGUAAAUCUCUCUUGGUUGACAAGAUGUACAGGCUGUAUUAAUAGGGUGAAGAAAGAAAAGCAAAGGAAGCUUUCAGAAGCAGCAUUGAUGUUCCACGAAAGUCAGAACAAUUGCCUCUUGAUAAUUAAUCAAGUCAACUUUUUGUGAAGUUAGCUUCCGAAAUGAUUUAGAUACCACACUGCAAAGUAUUUCUAAUUUUUCUGAGUAGAACCUUUAAUUAUUCUUCCUAUAGUUUUAAGGUAUUACCAGAUACAGCAUUUAAUUGGAAUAUACUGGGCAGUUGGAAAAAUAUUUGAAACUAAAUAUUAAAAUUAAGAUUUGUUUUCAAGUGGAAAUCCAUUAAAAAUAGAAAAAUAUCUGGGACGGGUGUGUUUCUUUAUAUGGCUACUAAAUAUAAUAAUAUGAGUAGACAAGUACAUCUCCCUUUUUGUUGUGGAGGCUCCGUGUUCAAGGCAAUUGCUUUUUAAAUCUUGGCUAAAUUUUUUUCUGCUUUGUUUUGAAUAUCUAAGUUUUUUUAAAGUUAGCAUCAGCAAAUUAAUUGAAGUUAUACUUCUAUACUGGGACACAUUUAAAUUACUGAGUAAAGAACUUCUUUUUUAGUUUCAGAUGUAUGACUUGGGGUUUUAAAGUAAAAAUUACAAAGUUAUUUGUGGGUAAACUAAAAAAGUUGCACAAGUGACUGAACUAAAACUCUUGGAAUAAGUUCAGUGGGGGGAUUGGAAUCUCCAAAAGACUAACAUUUUAUUCCUUUUUUAACAGUUGAAAUACCCUGUUUUAGUCCUUAAGAAUUCUCAUUGCAUAGUAUAUGCCAGACUAUAAAAUACUUAUUUUUAAAAUGAAAUCUAUAUAUUGACUUUCUUAUCAAUCAUCUUAUUGUGCAAUCAAAAUUAGAGUUCUUUGGUUUGAAAACAACAUUUAGAGCCUCCAAAUAACUUUUUAAGACUUAUUUAGCUUUGUGGGUGGUAUUUUCAUGCAAAUAAGUAAGGGUGGGUUUUAUAUUUUGUAGAAGUUUUUGGUCCUAUUUUAAUGCUCUUUGUAUGGCAGUAUGUAUAUAGUGUGUUAAAUUUCCUCAAAACUCUCCUUUAAAAACUUUGAAGUUAAUACUUUUGUGCAACUGUGUUUUGAAUAAAGCCAUGACAGUGUUAAAAAAAAAUGCAGCACUCCUGAUUAUUCUUUUAUUGUUUUUGACUUCCCUGUUUUUUUUUUUCUGUGACUGCUGUAACUUAAAGUUUUUGAAAUUGAAUUGCUUCAAAUAAAUGGAAGAUUUGUUGUUAAUUAUUA